AUGCUACGCGUCCUCCGCAAAGCCCAGGCGCUCACGCUCCAGAACCUAGAAGGGCGAACCAAGCGAGGGGCGGAACUCCGCAGGGGGCGUGGCCAGGAGGCGGGUCGUGGGUUUCCCGGUUCCGCAGAGGCAGGCUGCGUGCUUGCGCAGCACGUACGAGCGGGGGUGGGGCAGGCGGCCAGGCGGGCUGCAGUAGCGCGGGGCCUGGUCCCGCCGGCACCAUGGCCAAGACCGUGGCCUAUUUCUACGACCCUGACGUGGGCAACUUCCACUACGGUGAGGGAACAAGGGGCAGGGCACCCUAUGAAGCCCCAUCGCUUGGCAUUGACCCAUAGUCUGGUCCUGCACUACGGUCUCUAUAAGAAAAUGAUCGUCUUCAAGCCAUACCAGGCUUCCCAGCAUGAUAUGUGCCGCUUUCACUCUGAGGACUACAUCGACUUCUUGCAGAGAGUCAGCCCCACCAAUAUGCAAGGCUUCACCAAGAGCCUUAAUGCCUUCAACGUGGGCGACGACUGCCCAGUGUUUCCCGGGCUCUUUGAGUUCUGUUCCCGUUACACAGGCGCAUCUUUACAAGGAGCAACCCAGCUGAACAACAAGAUCUGUGAUAUUGCCAUUAACUGGGCUGGUGGUCUGCACCAUGCCAAGAAAUUUGAGGCCUCUGGCUUCUGCUAUGUCAAUGACAUUGUGAUUGGCAUCCUGGAGCUGCUCAAGUACCACCCUCGGGUGCUCUACAUUGAUAUUGACAUCCACCACGGUGAUGGAGUUCAGGAAGCCUUCUACCUCACUGACCGGGUCAUGACAGUCUCCUUCCACAAAUACGGAAACUACUUCUUUCCUGGCACAGGUGACAUGUAUGAAGUUGGAGCAGAGAGUGGCCGCUACUACUGUCUUAAUGUGCCCUUGCGGGAUGGCAUUGAUGACCAGAGUUACAAGCACCUUUUCCAGCCGGUUAUCAACCAGGUGGUGGACUUCUACCAACCCACAUGCAUUGUGCUCCAGUGUGGAGCUGACUCUCUGGGCUGUGAUCGCCUGGGUUGCUUCAACCUCAGCAUUCGAGGGCAUGGGGAAUGUGUCGAAUAUGUCAAGAGCUUCAAUAUCCCUCUUCUGGUGCUAGGUGGUGGUGGCUAUACUGUCCGAAAUGUUGCCCGUUGCUGGACAUAUGAAACAUCGCUGCUGGUAGAAGAGGCCAUUAGUGAGGAGCUUCCCUAUAGCGAAUACUUCGAGUACUUUGCCCCAGACUUCACGCUCCAUCCAGAUGUCAGCACCCGCAUCGAGAAUCAGAAUUCACGCCAGUAUCUGGACCAGAUCCGCCAGACAAUCUUUGAAAACCUGAAGAUGCUGAACCAUGCACCUAGUGUCCAGAUUCAUGAUGUGCCUGCAGACCUCCUGACCUAUGACAGGACUGACGAGGCUGAUGCAGAAGAGAGGGGUCCUGAGGAGAACUAUAGCAGGCCAGAGGCACCCAAUGAAUUCUAUGAUGGAGACCAUGACAAUGACAAGGAAAGUGACGUGGAGAUUUAAGAGCAGCUGGGCUUGUUAUAUCCCAAGGAAUUCCUUUUUACCUCUUGUUUGGGCAGGAGGAAAAAGGUGUGGCGCCCACAGCCCUGGAUGGUCACCUUCAGAGCUUUUACCAGUGCUGGAGGAGGGUUUAGAGACCACACCUGGUUUUUGAACCAACUAUCCCCUUUACUCUGUUUCCCAAGGCCUGACAAUGGUACUGAUUAGGGAUUGGAUUGGGGACAAGGAUAGCUUCCCCUAGGACAUCUUGGGCAAUGGGCCCUAGAGGCCGGUCCCAGCCACUUUGGCCCCCUUGUUCCUUCCCUGUUUCCCUCCAACCCAGAGACUUUUAGGGAUGAAGGUGUUAGACAGGAGUGAAGUUACCUCUGACUUCCUCCUUUCGUGGUUUCUCCUACAACAAGCCUUGUUUUCAGUGCAGGUGAAGAGUCAGGGAUUUUAGAGGGCUCUGGCUCUCUAACAACCUUAACCCCAGAUGAUGGGAAAUAUGGUUUCGAAUCCGGGGAGGAUGUGAAAAUGUCCCUUUCUAACUUUUGGCUUUAUGUCCAUUUUACCACUGUUUUUAUCCAAUAAACCAAGUUGGUAUUUUUUGUA